AUGGCGACUCCCACCAUGUUAAUCUCCAAGUGCCGCCGCGAGUUAAUCUCCACCAUGCCUCUAUCCCCCCUGCUCCUCCUCCUGCUGCUCUCCCUCGCUCCCUCCGCCUUCCCCGCUGCUUCCGCUGCCGCUGUCAACUCACCUUCUGUUAACUCGCCUUCCAUUGGCUUGCCUGCCGUUCGCUCACCCCCCGCCGCGCCUGCUCCAACCGUCCCUGCUAAUUCACCCCCUGUUGAUCUGGGAACGGACGAAAACGGCAACCCAGUGAAACCCGGGGAGGCGGCGUUUCAGCGGAACGUUCCGCCGUCCCCGCCACCCCCGCCGCCGCCCCCUCCGGUCGUCUCUUUCAUGCAAGGCACCUACAUCAACUGCGGCAGCAACGAAUCGCUCAAAAACCCGCUCUACACCUGGGAGGCGGAUCCCUUUUCGGGCAGGUUCGGGAGGAGUUUCCGGGCAGGCGUGAUCAAGACGAGCAUGACUGGGAAGGUUGCGGCGGGCAGGAUGGGGAAUGGGAAGGUUGAGUUUAGCGAGACGGGGGUGCUGAAGACGCCGCCAGGGGUGGAUGCGCGGGUGUUUGAGACGGUUCGGUUCUUUGAUGACCUCGCCCCCAACGUUUCUACUUACUCUGUGCCGGUCCCCGGCCCUCCCACCAACGUGUUCGUCCGCCUCUAUUUCGCUGAGAUCGUCUACACGACAGCCAAGCUGCGCCGCUUCCACGUGGCAGUGGAGGGCGCGCCCGUGCUGACCAACUACAGCGUGCCACGUGGCACUGUGCGAGUGGAGGAGUUUGUCGUGCCUGUGCUGGACGGUUCUGUGGACAUUGCGUUUAUCCGGGGCGAGAUUGGCGAGCCCAUGAUCAGCGCCAUUGCGGUGGUGCCGCUGACACUCGGCAUGUACAACCUCUCCGCCCCCACGGCCACGUCACGCAUCAUGGCCAACGACUACCGAUUCGGCUGCGGGCUGUACCUACCCAUCACCGAUUUGACUCAGCGCGUCUGGAACCUUCUGCCCUCUGAGCUCUACACGCCCAAGGACCCCGGGUCUCGCCGCUACAACAAAACCGAAUCAGCAGCCAUCACGUGGCCGCAGACUGCUGACAACGCCGACAAGCCACCCUUCAUGUUCCCGCUCGACCUCACCACUGCGGGGCUGCACUCAGUGGAGUACUCCAGCUACGCGGGCUACAACGACAACACCUUCCUCAACUUCUCCCUCCCCGUUGACCCCAACACCGCCUACCGCAUCGACCUGGGCUUUGAGGAGCUCUGGUACUACUACACCGCCCGUCUGUUGGACAUCUACGUGGACGGCACGCUCAUGGUCAAGGAGCUUGACCUGGCCACUGUGGCGGGCGUUGGCGUGCCCUACACCGUCACCCUCAAAGCUGUGUCCGGCCCCUCGGGCUUCAUGAACAUGUACCUCAACACCUCCACCAACUCCCUCCACAACAAUGUGUUCAUAAGCACGCUAGAGCUCUUCCGAGUGAUUCCCAUCGACCUCACCAACCAGGCAGCGCUCCUCUCUGCUUCCAAGCCCCUCCCUCCUCCCGCUCCCUUUGCUGCUGCUGACACCACCGCCGCUCCCGCCUCCUCCGAAUCCUCCUCUGCUCGGACGAGCCAGCACUGA